AUUAUGCAAAAUCUUGGGAAAGCCGACAAAACAACGGACGAAAUUUUUGAAGAUCAUUUGCUAAAUUUUAACACCCAGCAGGUUAACGCCACACGGUUACACAAGGAUAUUAACAACUAUCUGCGAUGUAUAAGAGCUAUGCAGACAGCCAACAAAAACCUGAUGGAUACUUUAAGCGAGAUUUAUGAGAAGGAAUGGGUUGGGCAAGAUAUGCUUUAUGUACAGGCUCAAAAUAAUGAGAUGUUGUGGGCGGAUCUAGCACACAAGCUAGCAGACCAGGUGGUCACGCCCCUUAAUACAUACCAGGCACAGUUUCCAGAGAUGAGGAAAAAGAUUGAUAAACGUGGAAGAAAACUGAUAGAUUUUGAUGCUGAGAGACAUACAGUUCAGCAGAUGCAAAAUAAUCCAAAUAGAAAUGAGGCAAAAUUUAUUAGAGCUAAAGAGCAGAUGGAAAAUGCAAAACGAACAUACGAGGUUUUGAACUCUGAGUUACAUGAUGAAUUGCCUGCCUUGUACGACUCCAGGAUCCUGUUCCUUGUCACCAACAUGCAGACACUCUUUGCUGCAGAGGAGGUCUUCCACUCAGAAACAUCAAAGGUGUACAGUGAACUUGAGGCUGUUGUGGACAAGUUGGCCAAGGAGGUGCAGAAGGGAACACUCCCAAGACGAGCAUAUAAUCGUCCUCUGCCUAUAGCAAAUCACAGUGCUCCAGUCAUUCAAAACUCGUCUUCCAUGAACUCUCCUCCGAAAGUAAACACGAAGAUUUUGAGUCCUGAAAGUAUUAAAAAAGUGCAAAACUUUUCUACUGGAAUUAUUAAUCAUGUCAAGAAUUAUUAUAAUUCAUCGCUCUGGCCUAGCCUAACCCCUCAAGCAGAGAAGAAGAGUUUACCCGCUCAUUCUUCUUCCGGAGAUUCCACGCCCAUCCCUGCCACACCCAUUUUAUCUCCACCAGUAUCAGAACUGCCUCCGGCAGACCCUCCCUCCUCCGAAAAAUCUAAACCAGUCUCACCCAUUGGAAUUCCUUCCGCCCCUGUGUUAAAAGAUACAAGUGCUACAACAGAUAAUCUCCCCCCAGGAGUUCUAUAUAAGGUGAAGGCUGCCUACAAAUACCAGGCGGAGGAUGUUGAUGAAUUAAAUUUUGAGGUCGGAGAGAUCAUCCAGGUUGUCGAAUACGAGGAUCCAGAGGAACAGCAGGAGGAGGGCUGGUUGAUGGGUGUUAAGGAGUCUACUGGACAAAAAGGUCUUUUCCCAGCAAACUUCUCUAGACCAAUCUAAACCAGAGGACCUAAUACACAACUUUGGAGGACUCCUCUAGGCCAAUCUAAACCAGAGGACCUAAUACACAACUUUGGAGGACUCCUCUAGACCAAUCUAAACCAGAGGACCUAAUACACAACCUUUGGAGGACUCCAUUUAAUAAUAACAAGGGGCCUAAAAUACGACCCUGCGGAACAUUCAAACCAAUCCCUUUUGGAGACUCUUGGCCGCCACAAACACAUUUAAGAGGUCCUCCAUUCUCCACCAUGUGGUACUCUAAGAACCUCAACUCUACUGCCUUUGCCUCCUGGCCUUGGUCCUCGGCUUAACCCAGCCUUUAGUCCUUUUUUAGCCCUUUAAACCGCGCAAUCUCAACAAAUUUCUCAGCUUAAAAGCAAAUAUUUAGAGAUAAAACAUUUAUAUAAAAGAGCAUAUUGUACAUAAUCUAAAGAAAAUAUUUAUUAAAAUCUGAUUAAAUAUUGUGGCGAUAGGAUAGAUUUUUACUAUCUAUACCUUCAUUAUAAUCUUCAAAAUUAAGUAUAUAUGAGGAGACAAAACAUAACAUCAUAAUGUUUUCAUUUUUUAUAGGCUCCCCUGUUUAUAUGCACACAUUUUAUAGCUAACAAUUUAACAUACAAGGUCACAUUAAACGUCUCGCUAAAUCUGUGUGGUUAAUUUGUAUUGUACGUUAACUGCGAUGACAAUUGUGAUUUCAGUGCCAAACGUUUGGUCUUUUGGCCACAAAGAUAUUAUUCAUCCGCUUAAUACUGUACUGUACUGCACUGUGCGUAUAUUAAGGUUAAAUCAAAAUUUAUCAACUGUGUAAAGAUUUUUGAUAACUGUACAUUUACAAUGAGAAAUUGUCAAUUAAAUUAUUAAUUCUUAAAUAUUCUGACCGCUGAAAAAUUCUUUUUGCUGUACAAUGUCAUAUUUAUAGUCUGUGCAGUACAGUUAUUACUUCUGCGCAGAUGUCCACAAGUACGUUUCUGCGCAGCGCCUUGAGUGUCGGUGCUAAGUUAACAAACCAUUUUAACAUCUUAAAAAUAAUUUUUAAUUAAAUAUUUGUUUUGACAGUUGGAUAAAUAAAUGUUUUAGCAAGAUA